AUGAUGUUCGCCAUCUUCUUCGCCUUUUGGCGCUUCAUGCAAAUUAUCACGCUGAUUCCGACGAUGGGCAUGCUCAGCUACUUCGUCAACGGCUUCGUCCAGCUGAACCAGCUGACGCCCAACUACGUGCUGGUGCUCUUCAUCGUGUCGGUGCUGGCGCUCGCCUGGGCGAUCUACACGCUGUUCAGCUACCACCAGUCGAGCGCGAACGCGACGUUCAUAUCGCUCGUGGACCUGCUCUUCGUCGGCGCCUUCAUCGGGGCGGUGUGGGCGCUGCGCUUCAUCGCCGGCGCCGACUGCACGAGCAUCCGCCGCGGCGACCCGUACGACGUCAGCCUCGGGCCCUUCGGCAGCGCCUCGCUCACCAACUGGGACUCCAGCACGGACAAGUCCUGCGCCAUGCUCAAGGCCUCCUUCGCCUUCGGCAUCAUGAACUGCGUCUUCUUCUUCGUCACCUCCGUCGUCGCCUGCCUCCACCGCGACCGCUCCGCCGCCUCCGACCGCGGCACCUACUACCGCGAGACGCACCACCACCGCCACGGCCACCGCAGCAGCCGCGCCCCGAGCCGCCACAGCUCCCACUCUCAUCGCCGCGUCUACGUCUGA